GAUGGAAUCGGUAUCACCAUGGUUACAAGCAGUAGUGUCAGCUGGUGCGGUGGUGACGCAAGGAAAGUUAUCCAUAACAGCUCAUUCUCACAGAACGCGUGAGUUGUGAGCAGGUGUCUGUGUGGCGGCGCAGCAACAUGAUCUGGGACUGGUCCACAUGCACGGGGUGACGAGAUCCUACCUGUCUAUUUCUGAGUCGCCCGCCCGGCCCAAGGAGUAUUUUUAACCAUGGGCAGUAGUGGGCAUGAAGAGGGAGAACUGGGGGUAUUUUGGGCAUGGGUAGAGGGAGCCACGAGCAACAUGGCGCUAGCAUUUGAGGGCUUAGUUGAGCAAGUGCGGUCGUGGACGAUAGUUGGGGGCCUCAGUGGCCUGGGCCUGUCCUCUAUCAUGGAUACCCUCAAUACCCUCUUGAUUGGAUGGCUCGUCUUUGUCGUGUUGAUUCUGAUAAUCAGUAGCUUCUUCUACGUCAAAUUCGUUCAAACGCUGCAGAGUGAUGGCUCGGGGAAAUCCAGACAAGGGGAAGGACAAGGGGAAACUGAUCAGAUAAGGGCGGCCGUGCAGUCAUCCUCCGAGUCUUCGAGCAGUAAAGAAAUUCCUGUAGCCAGAAAACCGACGAUCGUUCCCGAUGGCCCACCAGAUCAUGCCUCACCCCCCGUAGCCACAGGAGCCGAUCCAGACGCUGUCAACUGGGCUAAUAACAUUUUUACGUGGCUAUUCAACAGUGCCGAUGGAGGCCCCACCGUCCGAAAGAUCUUCCUCGACACCCUCAACAGCAACACGGUCAAGACUGCACUUGAGACCGGCAUCUUGGUGGAAGUGGUUGAGGUGUACGCAGCGUCGCCAGCUCCCUUGCUCUCCAACAUGGUGGUUGAUUGCAGCCCUGCCGACAACAUCACCAUUACCUGCGACUGCGACAUCGUGGUCUACCUCCGCCUCGUGACCACUAGAACGCAGAAGGAAGUCACCACGGAGAGCGAGUACGCAUGCGCCGUCAAGAGGCUUCGCGGGAGGCUCAAUGUGGCCAUCAUCACCGAGGAACUCAUGGCCGUUGUCAAGUUUGAUGGAUGGCCAGAGGUUUCUUUAGAAUUGGAAGGAAUUCGAAACAAUGCAACAGGACUGGGUGAACAGCAGAUGAUGGAUGUGAUAGAUGAAGUGGUUACAUCUGGGCUGCGGAAUUCAGUGUAUGAUGUCAACUUUCAAUCUGUGCUGACUUUCCCAAGAUUCCGCCGGGCGAGGCAAGCACCCGACCGCAUCAUCCCAGUUGGCUACGAUUCUAUGGUACGUGAGUUACAGACACAUCCACCAGCAGUGCCACCUAAGGCACCUAAGCCUAAACCAGCUUUGAUGAAUGUAAUCCAUGAUGAAGAGAUAGAGGUGGCAGGGGAAUCCUUCACUGCCAUCACAUUUCCUUCCAGCCUUUCACAACAAAUUGCUCUUACAACUAGUGAGGAACAGCUUAUUCAAAGAAACCUGAAUAAGUAUCCCUCACUUGAAAAGGAAAUGACUGAAUGCCAUAAGUCAUGGGAAGAAAACUAUGUACCUGCUGCUGAAAUUCCUGAGGAGGAAGAGGAAGUGCAGGAAACGAUAGAAGAAAGUCCACCAAUUGAAAAAUCAGUUCCCCACAAUCUUGAGGAAAAGGAGACAGCAUCUUCUAAUUUUGUUCUUGUGGUUUCUAAUAGACAAAAGCUGAUAGAUGAACCAAGAAGUGCAAUAUCUGUUGAGGAAACAGAAGUAGAGGAAUCUAUGCCUGUCUGCAAAGUUGAUGAAGAACCAUGUUUAAGAAGAGGAGAUGCAAGUAUUCUAGGCCAGCCAAAAGUGGAAGAACCAAUACAAAUAGAGGAAGAAGAUGGGGAAGAUCUUGAUGAGCCACUUCGUCUUGAAGAUAUGGAUUUCAUGGACAAGUCUAUGACUGCUACCUCAGGAUUUGGACCACUGCCGUCUCUUCCUGGCCUGCAGAAAGGACCAUUUGUAAGUGAAGCAUGCCAUGUGGGAUUGAAGGUUGAUGUUGCUACUGAACUUCCUAAGCUUGACCCUAGACUUGAGACUGCAGCUAUUGAUCAGGGUGUGGCUUCUGACCUCUCUGAGUGUGACCAGGAGGUUCUGGUGCCUGUCCAAACCUAUUCACAAACCCCACUCUAUAACCAAGCAAUGAGUGAUGACCCUAGUCUGUGUUGUGACAGUGAUGUUGCUAAUACCCUCAGUGGUACCCAGGUAAACCCUUUCCCUAGUUCUUCUUCUUCUUCAGAGCCUGACAAAAUUGCUUUGCCUGAAUUAGUGGCCAGUAGACGUGUGGAAAGCUAUGAAGAUUUUUCAUUUUACAGUCAAAAUGCAAAUGAGGGCAGAAGUGUAAUAUCAUUAGCAGAGUCCAAUGAAGAAAAAUAUCUUGGUCCUCCAAACAUUGUAAAAGAUUCUUGUCUGGAGGAGAAUGAUAUCAAUACUUGGGAAAGUAGAAGCUGUUAUAAGGUAAGCUAUAAUGCUAACAAAGAGGAAGAUGCAGAUCUGAGUGGAUCAGAGCUAGAUGUUAUUGAACAAAAUGUAAGACUUAGUGAAGAAGAUGAAUAUGUAGUAAAGGAAAACAUACAAUCUAGCAAGAAGGAGAAUAAAGGUGUUAAUGAGACAAGUUUUUGUGAGUUUACGGAAAAUCUUUUUAAACCACUUGAAGUACAAGGUCAGCAAGACCAAUUUGAAACUGAUAUUAUAACCGAAGAGCCCUUUGAAGUUAAAUGUGAAGUUAAAGAUAUCACUGAGAUGCCAAAUGACUGCAAGAGUCAAAAUGAAAGUUCUAAAACAAAAAUAGAUUGUGAGGAAAUUUAUUUCAAUCUUCAUACCUAUGAAUAUAAUGACCAAAAUACACCAUUGGCUAAUGAGAGUGAAGAGUACCUUAGAUUGGUAAACUUAGGUUGCAGCCAGAAUGAAUAUAUUACAGAAACUUAUUCUGAGGAAGACACACAAGAAAAUGUAAAUGAAAGAGAAGACACAGGAGAUGAAGAGGUCUUGGGCAAAGAAAACUUGAAGGAAAAUGCUAAAGAAACACAGAUAUACUAUGGUGAAAAAGUCACAGAACAUCAGAUGUGGGAAACUGGGGAAUUAUGUUUAGAUGUUGAGUCUGGAUCCAUUGACCUGGAUGACAUGGAAAUGUAUAAGAGACAUGAAGAUGACUGUGUGUCCCAACUUCACAGUGUUGAAAGUGUUGAAGAAAUGAAACCUAUACCUCAAAGUCUCACAGAUUUUGAGGAGUUUUCUGUGAGCAGAGAAAGGAGAGAAGGACACAAGAAAGCCAUUAACUCUUUCAGGAAACACAUGAAAAUGGUAGGUAUGGAUGAAGAUGUAUACAUUAUUAAGAAUGAAGGAGCUUUAGAAAGAACUGAAGAGUAUGAAAAGUUGAGAGAAAAAGAGGAUGAGCAAAUUCUAUUGCAUAACAUUACAUCUCAACAUGAAGAAGAAUUAAGCAAUAAAUGGUUGCAAGCUGAAGGUGCAGCAAAUAGUCAGGAGACUUGUGAAACAUACAUGAAUGAAAACUUUAUAAAAUUUAUAAACAAAUCAAGUGAUAUUUCGGAAUUUGAUAGAGUAGUAUUUAGAGACACUCUUUCGGAAAGUAAUAAUAUGAAUUUAGUGGAAGAUACAAUACCUAGCUCUGGUGAAUUGUUCACAGAGACAUAUUCAACAACUUUAAUUGAGGAAAAACUCCGAUAUUCUGUAGAAAAGCUGAAAUUCCUCACAGGAAUGCUUCACCAGAUUCAAGAAUCUGAGCCAUUUAAGGAGGAUGACACCAAAGUUCUGAAUGUCUCUUAUGGUAAAUAUCAUGAAAGUAAGACUGAAGAAGAGCUACACCCUGGUCAGAUGAACUAUACUCUCCUUGUAAAUUCAUCUUCUGAUUCAGAGAUAGAGGAAAUAAUCAAUGCCUGCAAAGGGGAUAUGAACAAGGAAUUGGCUUAUCAGCAACCAGAUUCAAGAGCUGAAGAAAAAUGGAGGAAGAGUGAUAUAAUUGAGAUUGUUGAAGCAAACCAAGUGUCCACUGUGGAUAAUGACCCUGCUGAUAAAAAUGAAAUUUCUGGCACAGAAAUACAUCAGCUAAUAGAACACCCCAUGCAUACAGAACCAGCCAGUGAAGUUCUAGAAUGCCCUUUGCCACCACCUGAUGUGUUUACUAAAGCAGAUGACUUAACAGUGUGUGACACUACCAUACUAACCAGCUCCCAGAAAACAUCUUACACAAGCAGGGGACACACCACAAGGGGAGACUCCAUGAUUAAAUCUUCUGUCACUUCUGGCCAACCUCAGUGGACCAGGUCUCUGCCAUCCUACCCUGUGUAUGGCACGUAUUAUGUGGCUCUUCAGUCAUCAACCACAGGGCAAUCUUUAGGAAUUCCUGGUCUUAAUGGCAAGAGACUCUUGGUUAAGAUUGUUAAGGCAACAGGUGUUGGCUGUGAGAAAGCUGUAUUGGAGGGAUACACAGUAGUAGAAAUGGAUGAGCCACCCCAGAAGUUCACUACCUCAGUUAUUAAGGACACAAAUUCACCAUUUUGGGAUGAACAGUUUCUAUUUGAUCUCAGCGAUGGCACUUUAGAACUCCUUUUUGAACUUUAUGAUAAGAAGGAUGGAAAUUUCUUAGGUCUAGGCAUUGUAGGUAUAGAAGAAUUAGUUGCAACUCCUUCUCAAAGGCAGAUUAUCCCACUACAGUCACGACCCUAUGAAAAUGAUGAAGUGUCGGGGUCCUUAACAGUAGAGUUUCUGUUUCUGGACCGGGCAGACUUGCCAGAUCUCACACUUCGUUCAAGUGCAACGAGUCAGAGUCUGUCAUCUAAGGGAGACUUGGUCACAACUACUACUACUACGUAUGUCAAGGCACCUGAUUCACAAGAUGUUAUUGUGAAUGGAGGGGAUGGAGUAGCUGCUGCAGCACUGAGAGACAUUGAGGAGAAGAAAGUAGUAGUUGCUAAUAAUGCAAGCAAGUCUACCAUGAUCAUCCAUGCUUCACGGAAGGAACUGGCCAAGAAAGUGAUUCAGGUUCAGCGAGCUCCCAGUGGUGAAUACAAGGAACUAAUAGUACAGCCUGAAGAAGAAGAUGAGUAUGAAGGUCAGCCUGCGCAAGACCUGACAAACCUGACGACCACAGCCACGACAACGACAGCUACUCGUACCACUAUUAGCCCAAGCAAAGGUGUUGCUAGCAUUACUACUCAGAGUCCUACCAUUACUAUGUCUACCACCACCGCCAACACCACCACUGUAGCAAAUGCUGAUGGUGAGGAAGCCACCGAAAUCGAUGAGCGGGGUAGAAGUCGAGGAAACCGCCGCAAACGAGAUUCUUUCUUUGGCACGCUAAAGAAAAGAUUUAGUCGAUCCAAAGUCCGAUCAAAGAGCAUGGAACCUGGCAGUAGAGAUUUAUCCAUGGAUCGCGAUAUGUCUGUAGGGCGUUCUAUAUCCAUGGAAAGAACUGCUAAUAGAGCCUCAGAGGAGGAGCACGAGAACCCAUCCCCCCUUCGGGACACCCUCUCACCACGUGAGUCUCAAACCCCUGCUCACUAUCUCUACUUGUUACAUGCCCAGCUCCCUGCUAGUGCAGGUGGAGACGGGGGCUCCACGAGGUCCUCCUUGAGUGAUGCUUCUGCCAUUAGUAGUUCCUCUACUCGCACAUAUGUGAAUGAGGCCUCCACACUCAUUGUUGAAACCAGAGAGAAUGGUGUAUUAAAACAUUACUUGAUUCCUCUAAGCUUACAACAAAAGAGUAAAUGGAGGAAGAAAGGACUUAAGCUCCAUGUCUUCAAUGAACAUACUUUUGUAGCCAAGCACAUGUCCAGCACAACUCCAUGUCAAGUUUGUCAGAAGACUCUGGGACGGAGGUUUGGCAAGCAAGGUUAUGAGUGCAGGGAUUGCGGCUUCAAGUGUCACAAACCUUGUCAUGUGAAAACCGAUACUGUUUGUCCUAACUCUACUGUCAAUACCAUGGACCUGUGA